AUGGCUGCAACCGCAACUGCACGUUAUGCACCAGAAGACCCUACUCUUCCCAAACCGUGGAAAGGCCUGGUUGAUGGGAAAACAGGGUAUCUUUACUUUUGGAAUCCAGAGACCAAUGUAACCCAGUAUGAGAGGCCUGAGAGGCCUGGUGCUUCUUCAAAUGCAAGUUUAGCACCACCUGCAAAGUCUUCAGCAUCCAUAAGUUCUUCAGUUCAAGUUCAACAAUCUUCUCAAGGACAGCGUCGUGACCAUGGUCUGAAUGAAGAAGAUGAUAAGUAUAACAGAGCAAGAAAUCUUCAGAGUGCCAGAGGUGGGACAGUUCAUUCUCAUGAUCCACCUAAUGGGAUUGUUGGUGCUGGACAUGGAGGGUCUUCUGUUAGAGGACAAGGAUCCUCAGGCCCAGGGAGUGGUGCAUCAACAGAGUCCUAUCGCCGUCGGCAUGAAAUAACAGUUACAGGAGAUGAUGUUCCCCAACCUUUCACAUCAUUUGAAUCUACGGGCUUUCCUCCAGAGAUUAUUAGAGAGGUAUACAGUGCUGGGUUCUCUGCCCCUACUCCAAUUCAGGCACAGUCUUGGCCAGUUGCUCUUCAAAGUCGUGAUAUAGUGGCCAUUGCUAAGACGGGUUCAGGGAAAACACUGGGCUACCUAAUUCCUGGCUUUAUUCAUCUCAAACGCAUCCGCAAUAAUCCCCAAAUGGGUCCAACUGUUUUGGUACUCUCACCAACUAGGGAGUUGGCAACACAGAUACAAGAUGAAGCUGUGAAGUUUGGAAGAUCAUCAAGACUUUCAUGCACGUGUUUGUAUGGAGGAGCACCAAAGGGUCCCCAGUUGAGAGAUCUAGACAGAGGAGCAGAUAUCGUGGUUGCUACUCCUGGCCGCUUGAAUGAUAUACUGGAAAUGAGAAGAGUCAGCCUCCGUCAAGUGUCUUAUCUGGUGCUGGACGAGGCAGACCGAAUGCUGGACAUGGGUUUUGAACCUCAGAUUCGAAAGAUUGUGAAAGAGGUACCCGCUCGCCGGCAGACUCUCAUGUACACUGCAACAUGGCCGAAGGAGGUUCGGAAGAUUGCAGCAGAUCUACUAGUUAAUCCUGUUCAGGUUAACAUUGGGAAUGUUGAUGAGCUUGUUGCAAACAAGGCGAUCACUCAGUAUGUUGAAGUAUUGCCAUAUAUGGAGAAACACAAGCGGUUGGAGCAGAUAUUGCGCUCUCAAGAACCAGGAUCCAAGAUUAUCAUUUUCUGUUCAACUAAGAAGAUGUGUGAUCAACUGGCUCGGAACCUAACCCGCCCCUUUGGAGCUGCUGCCAUUCAUGGAGACAAAUCUCAAGGUGAGAGGGAUUAUGUAUUGAAUCAGUUCCGCACUGGGAGGUCCCCGGUACUUGUGGCCACCGAUGUUGCAGCUCGAGGACUUGACAUUAAGGAUAUCAGGGUGGUUAUCAACUAUGAUUUCCCAACUGGAGUAGAGGAUUAUGUGCACAGGAUUGGAAGGACUGGUAGGGCAGGUGCCACUGGAGUUGCUUACACAUUCUUUGCAGAGCAGGAUGCAAAGUAUGCUUCAGAUCUUGUCAAAGUUCUAGAAGGGGCAAACCAGCGAGUCCCUCCGGAGAUUCGUGAUAUGGCUUCACGUGGUGGUGGGAUGGGCAGGUCUAGGCGUUGGGGCUCUGGUACUGGUGGUCGUGAUGGAGGCCGUGGUGGACGAAAUGAUUCAAGUUAUGGUGGUAGGGAUGGUGGAAGGGGUGGCUGGGGAAUGGCUCCAUCAUCUUCCAGUAGGUUGGAAAGAGGUGGGGGCCGGGGAGCUGACCAAGAUCAACGUGACAGGGACAGGUACGACCACAGUUAUCAUGAUGGGCAUGAUUUUGAUACUCGUUCAAGGUAUGAUAGGGGUUACCAUGCAAGUAGUAUCCGGGCUGGAGAAAGGGAUAGAGCUCGUAGCCGAAGUAGAAGUCAGAGCCCCAACAAGGGGCAGGCUUAUGGUGAUGCCCGGAGCAGGAGCCGCAGUCGAAGCAAGUCUCGCAGCCGGAGUCGUAGCCUUGAAAGAUACAACAAGGCUCCACCUGUACGUGAACGGUCCCCAGUGCACAGUUUUCAUAAAUCAGCCAUGGAGCAGGCUCGUUCACCGCAUGGUCGAUAUGUUUCACCUUACAACAAUGACAAUGUUCGGGAACGCUCUCCCAUGCGCAGUUUCCAUAAAUCAGCCAUGGAGCAGAAGCCUCAGUCAUCACCACCACCACAGCGGCAGCGUGUUUCACCUUACAACAAAGAUGGUACAAGGGGUUUCACAAAUUCUGUGAAUGCACGUGGUUCUUCCCCAGAGAGAUCACAGUCCCCACCUGGUGCUGCUGGUGUAGGGAAGGAAAAGUUGAAGGCGUCUGAUGGUGAUGGUGGCGGGAAGGACAAGCUCAGGGCACCAUAUGAUGAUACUCCACAGGACUGGCAAAGAUCACCAGGUGGUGGGCAGGAUGGUGUAGGUUACGCCAAUGGCCAUCGAGCUUCUUAUUUAGGUGAAGAAGAAGAGGAAGGCAUGAUUCCAGCUGAUGACGAUGGAACAUUUCAAGCACCUACUGCAGACCCCCAUCAGUCAUCUCCUUAAGAAAGGAGAAUGAAAAUCUUGUGGGGCUGGUGGUCUAAGCAUUGUUUUUUGAUGCUCAAGUUCUCUUUCACCCCCCUUUUUGUCUUUUUUGUUUUUGACCGUUUCGUUUUAGUGCUAUAGUAGCCGGAUAUAACGGCAUUGUGAUAGCAACAGGGAAACCUAGGUAUGGAAAUUGACUUUUGGUGGACUGAUCCAUUGAUUUUGAAGGGCUGAAUACACAGAACCCAGGACAUGUUUAAGUGUAUCAAGCGUCUUCCGUGUUUCUUAGUAAUUUUGGUUAGAAAUUUGAAGGAGGCCUGAGGCUGAAAAAUGUUGCAUGGAGCAUUAUUUAUACAAACCCUGGAUACGCCAUAUAACCAUCUAUAUUGAUAGCAGCCUGUGUUGCAUUCUACUUGAA